AUGGAUGUGAACUUCUGCUCUCCUCUCCAGCUUCAGGGAGACCACAGCAUUUUCCUCUAUGACAGUGACACCCUGCUGGAAAAGACCUAUGAUCCGUCUUCAGAUCCUGGCUACUUCAGCAGUAGCUGCAGCAGCAGCUUGUCUCCCACAUCCUCUGUGGACUCCUUCUGCCUCUCCCCCGUCGCCAUCCCGGCUUGCGGCAACGAAGAAGAUACUCUCAGCAGCUUCAUCUUCAGCGGGCUGGCAGCAGCUGGUCUGAGACACGAGACACAGACUCUGCCCGUGCCCAGAUCCUCCGAAACCUUAACAAGCUUCUCCACAAAGAAGCCAAGGUCCAGGUAUCCAGGAAAGAAGCGGCAGACAGCCAGCGAGAGGGAGAAGCUGAGGAUGAGGGAUCUGACCAAGGCCUUGCACCACCUUAGGACCUACCUCCCUGCCUCGCUGGCCCCCGCCGGACAGACGCUCACCAAGAUUGAGACGCUGCGACUCACCAUCCAGUACAUCUCCUACCUGUCAGCCCAGCUGGGUCUGACGGAGGAGGAGCUGGAGCAAAGAAGAUCCCCGGGGUCGGUUGAGCAGACCCGGACUCUCAGCCAGAUCCUGGAGGACCUGGAGUCCACCUGCAGCCCUCAGGAAGUGAACUAUGAUGCCAUUCAAACAGUGGAGAAAGCCUGCAUACUCCAGCAUGGCCUUUCUGUUGGUCAGCUCUCUUCUGUGCCACACUCAUGUCAGGUAUGUUCACACCCAUGA